GCUGCUCAGUGACCAAGCAAACCCGCAAGACAAAUUAAGUUGUGCAAAUCAAACACGGAAGAACACACAAAGCAUGGGAGACUUUCACAACUUAGAUCAGGACUUCUAUCAAUCUGGGUAUUAUACAGAAGGCCAAGAAGAGAUAUAUGGCUAUGAUCCAACCUACCUCAAUCCAGAGUAUGAUGAUGUUGACGGUAACGGCCCCUUACAAGAUGAGUAUACUACCCAAACUCUUUAUACUGGGCAAGUGUUUCAGCCUAGUGCACAACCUGAACAAACAGAAUAUACAGAUUCAUUUGAGCAAGAGCCGCCACUCUUGGAAGAGCUGGGCAUUAACUUUGACCAUAUCUGGCAGAAGACUCUGACUGUGUUAAAUCCACUGAAACCAGCGGAUGGCAGCAUAAUGAACGAGACCGACCUCACUGGCCCCAUUCUCUUCUGCAUUGGCCUUGGAGCCACACUUUUGAUGGCAGGGAAAGCACACUUUGGAUAUGUGUAUGGCAUCAGCGCUCUGGGAUGUGUUGGGAUGUACAUGCUGUUGAACGUGAUGAGUAGCUACAGCAUAUCCUGUGGAUCUGUGGCAAGCGUGCUUGGAUAUUGUCUCCUGCCUAUGGUAGUGCUCUCCACCGUUGCUGUGGUUUAUUCCCUUCAAGGACUUCUGGGCACAUUAUUGGCCUUGUUCGUGAUUGGCUGGUGCAGUCUGUCAGCCUCUAAGAUAUUCACUUCCACUCUUGAUAUGGGAGGACAGCAACUGCUGGUGGCGUAUCCCUGUGCUUUACUGUAUGGUGUCUUUGUUCUCCUUACUGUCUUCUGAUCGUUCAGUUAAAAUUUUUACCAUUCAUGCACAAUUACUACUUCAAGAUGAGUUCAUAUGCAGUUCAUAAGUAGUUUGUCCGUCAAAUUACUAACUUGGCAAAAAACUUGAACCUAGAUUAAAGACAUAUGUUUACAGCCAAGCAUUCACUUAAUGCAAAAUAUGCUAA